GGAAUGAUGAGGGGCGGGGUUAGUCCGUGACAUCACAGACUGACUGACAGACUCAACUUCUGCUCGCUUUGCACUUCAGUGGCGAUAAUGGAUGGCGCCAGCCUUCCUUCCUAAUAAUAGUACGCAUAAUAUGAGGCAUGAAAAGAUGCCCUUGAUAAAUAGGACAACGGUGCAAUCGUAUAGAAAAAUCGCAAACACGCCACUCGUCUAAACUGUGAGAUCUUCUUGAACCUGAGCAAACAGAGGAGGCGCAUCGGGUGGACGGACUGCAGCAUCCACCUGCAUCCUCUUGCAUCCCGCGGGCGCAUUAUCCUCCCCCUCCUCUCUCUGACUGACCUGAACUGUCUGAACUCAGCACGCAAACACUGAAAGCAAUGGCAGCCGGCGGAGGAUGUGCGGAAUCUGUGGAUCAGUACCGAGUUGAAGUGGAGAGGCUGACUCGGGAGCUUGCCGAGGCGAACCGGGAGAAGAUCCGGGCUGCGGAAUGCGGUCUGGUGGUGCUGGAGGAGAAUCAGACGCUCAAACAGCAAUACGCGGAGUUGGAGUCCGAGCAGGAGGCGCUGAGACAGGAGUUGGAGCAGCUGCAGGAGGCAUUCGGUCAGGCAUACACCAACCAACGUAAGACAGCUGAGGACGGUGAGACGCAUGAGGAGACCUUGUUGCGGGAGUCCGCCUCUAAAGAAGCCUAUUACAUGGGACGUCUAGUGGAUCUACAGAGCCAGCUUAAAGUGAGCAGCUCCGCGGCCUCCAACGCUCAAGCCGAGACCGAACGUCUCAACAUCCUGGGACAGGAACUCAGAGAGAACAAUGAGAUGUUGGAGCUUCAGAGGAACAGGAUGAGAGAAGAAAUCAGAGAGUAUAAGUUCAGAGAGACAAGACUCCUGCAGGACUACACUGAACUUGAAGAGGAAAACAUCACUCUGCAGAAACUGGUGUCAACACUUAAACAAAAUCAGGUAGAAUACGAGGGUUUAAAGCACGAAAUUAAAGUCCUUGAGGAGGAGACGGUGCUCCUCAACAGCCAGCUGGAGGACGCCUUGCGUUUGAAAGACAUUUCCGAGGGCCAGUUAGAUGAGGCACUGGACGCUCUGAAGAAUGAGAGAGAACAAAAAAACAACCUGAGAAAGGAGCUAUCCCAUCAUCUCAGCCUGACAGACAGCGUGUAUGGACCCAGCACCCACCUAACCAUCUCUGCCGUGGAGGGCCUGAAGUUUUCAGAUGAGACAGCGAACAUUUCUGCCUCCGGGUCAAGUCCCAAUAACGAGGAUAGUAACCGGUGUAAUGAGUCUAAUGGGCACGGACUGAAGUUGAAUGGUGAAUUCCAUCGACCUGGAGGUAGGAAGGGUGAAGUGCUGCACCCUGUAUCUGAUCUCUUCAGUGAGCUGAACCUGUCCGAGAUACAGAAACUCAAACAACAGCUAUUGCAGGUGGAGCGAGAAAAGGCAUCUCUGCUUACCAACCUGCAGGAGUCUCAAACACAACUACAACAUACACAGGGUGCUUUGACAGAGCAGCAUAUGCGCGUUCACCGCCUCACCGAGAGUGUCAAUGCCAUGAAGCGUCUCCAUACCGACAAGGAGUUUGACACGGAGGAGACCGAAAAGUGUGAUGGGCUCUUUAACGGUUGCUGUGAGUAUGAGACGGACACCAAUGGAAUAGAGAUCCUAGAGUGUAAAUAUCGAGUCGCCGUUACUGAGGUCAUUGACUUGAAGGCAGAGCUUAAAGCCUUAAAAGAAAAGUAUAACCAAUCUGUGGAGAGCCAAUCAGAAGAGUGCAACCGCAGAGAAGGAAAGGUCAAGGCUCUGGAAGAGCAGGUGAAGCGUUUGGAGAAAGCUUGCCGUGAGGGCCGAGAGCGCGUUAAUAGCCUGGAGGCGGAGCUUCAGGGCACUUUGGGUGUGGCUAAUGAGAGUAACAGUAUGUUGAAUGCUGCUCAGGAUGAGCUGGUUACGUUUAGCGAGGAACUCGCUCAGCUUUACCAUCACGUCUGCUUGUGCAACAACGAGACGCCAAAUCGCGUCAUGCUGGACUACUACCGUCAGAGCAGAGUCACGCGGAGCGGAAGUCUCAAAGGCACGGAUGACCCGAGAGCCCUGCUUUCUCCACGGUUAGCUCGCCGUCUUGCUGCCAUUAACUCAUCAGACAUGUCCAAGAGUCCUCAAGAUUCUCCAUCAAAGGAACCCUUGGGAGAAGGAUCGGGAAGUCCCAACAAAACCCCAUUCGGUUCCCCAGUUCACUCUUCAUUACUCUCCACCUCCUCAGUCCCAGAGACCGGAGAUCUCCGCAAGGAGCCCAUGAACAUCUACAACCUUAACGCCAUCAUCCGUGACCAGAUUAAACAUCUGCAGAAGGCCGUAGACCGAUCGCUCCAGCUGUCCAGGCAGAGAGCUGCAGCACAAGAGUUGGCACCCAUUUUGGAUAAAGACAAGGAAGCCUGCAUGGAGGAGAUCUUGAAGCUCAAAGCCCUCCUGAGCACCAAGAGAGAGCAGAUUGCCACUUUACGCCUUGUCCUCAAAGCCAACAAACAGACGGCAGAGGUGGCCUUGGCUAACCUGAAGAGUAAAUAUGAGAAUGAGAAGACUAUGGUGGUGGAGACAAUGAUGAAGCUUAGAAAUGAACUGAAGGCUCUUAAAGAAGACGCAGCUACCUUUUCCUCACUGAGGGCGAUGUUUGCCACAAGAUGUGAUGAGUACGUUACUCAACUAGACGAGAUGCAGAGGCAGCUGGCGGCUGCAGAAGAUGAAAAGAAAACUCUGAACUCGCUGCUCCGUAUGGCCAUUCAACAGAAACUGGCGCUGACCCAGCGGCUGGAGGACCUGGAAUUCGACAACGAGCAGUCUCGCUCUGGCCGCGGAGGGAAAUCGGUACGAUUCAGGAGCAGCCCUCAAAAAGUAAGUCAACGAACCGCAUUCACCGCUCCACCCAGCCCCACCGCUAGCUCACCUUUACUAGAUGUUCCUGCUCCAUCACUUUCCUCUUGGAGUUCCUCAGCCCAGCCGUUUUUCCUCGGCCAGUCCAAGUGGAAUCUGGGCACUCAGACUUUAGUCUUAGACCCACAGACACUGAACGUCGAAUUUUAUCACGACUCUGGCCACAGCUCAUCAUCUGAUGUUCGCGUCCCUAGAUCGGCUCCUACGUCACCUUAUCGUUCCCCUGUCCUGAACGCACGGCAGCCGUCGCCAUGCUCGGUGAGAUCUCGUGUGCGCUCCAGUGUGACUCCGUUUACAGCUUCAGGUGCCUCAAGAAACUCGGUAGUCACUCCAAUGGUUCCCAGAAAUCCUCAGUAGGUGCAAAGUCGAGGACAGACUGGUUUCCAUCUAAUGUGUUGAUAUGAUUAAACUCAGGGAUGUAUUUAGAGAAUGCUUUCAAUUUUGUAUUAACCCUACUUCAAAUAUCAACUGUUUUUGUUUACUCUGGAUUUAUUUGGGUCCCAUAGUUUUACAAAAUGGCAGGCCUAUGUAUUAUUUCAAAGGUCCCUGUAACAAUUCAAAUAAUAACUUGUUUCUGUAAAUAAAAUAAUAAAAAUAAGAUUAAAUAAAGAA